AUGGACCGAAUGUCUUCUGAUUUAUCGACCGAAUUGAAGUCUUGCGGAAAAAGCGUCUCCGUGAUGUCGCUUUGGCCUGGUGUUGUGCGAACGGAACUGAUGAUGAAGUUUGCUGAUGAAGCCGGUGACACAUUACCCAUCGACAUAAACGCCCACACCGAAUCACCGGAGUUCACAGGUCGCGUGUUGGCGGAAAUCGCGAAAGAGUCGAGGGCCGAUAUAAUGUCGCGUUCUGGUCGCGUGUUCGUCGUAGCCGACGUUGCUUCCUCGAAGGGCAUCAAGGAUAUCGACAGACGCUCGCCGUUGAGUUUUCGUUCAUACAAAUUUCUCUUGCAUUACGCGGGUUGGAAGAAGCUGGCUGCUUGCGUUCCAGGCUUCCUGAAGGUGCCCUACUUCUUCCUGUGGCCAGCGUCACCGAGAUUCUAG